AUGAUGUCUCGUGUGUUGUGUUUUCUCACUUUGCUGUUGAGUGUUGUCUCUUUGUGCGUGACAGCUGAGGCGGGUUCUGAACCUGCCGAUGGUCCUUGUACUAAAGGUACUGAUGGUUCCACUACUCCUUCUGGUGAAACUUGUCCUGCUACUGCAGUUCCACAACCUCCUUCUUCUCAUCCUUCUCCACCUCCAGGUCCAAAGCCACCUCUAUCUGUUUCUCCUGGUGGUAAGGCUUGUACUCAAGGAAAGACUGAUCCUACGUGCUCUACUAGCGGUAGGGAACAUGUAGUUGCUCGUACUGAUGAUUGUGAGACAUCUUCUGAAAAGAAGAGUUGCCCUAACAAUGAGGGUGAAACUAACGAGAAUUGCCGUAACGAUUCACGUGAUGCCUGUACGAUAAAAGAAAAAACACCUCUCCCUGAAGGGCCUGGUAAGGGUCCUGGUAACAUUGGUGAUGAAAAUCCGCACGACCGUCUUGAUGAAAAUACUAUACCUGGUGCUGAUGGCCAUAGUAAUAGUGCUCCCGGUAAUAAAGCUGAUGCUGGUUCUGCUGCGGGUACUGGUGGUUCUGCUGGGGGUGGUAGUUCUCCUUCUGAAGCUGCUACUCCCGCUGCUCCUUCUACUGCAGGGAACAGUGAUGCUCCUUCAGAAAAUCCUCAACAUGCAAACAAUGAAGCAAGUGAAAAUGCAACAUCACCAACUACACCUUCUUCCAGCAGUUCAGCCACAACAAGUGAUGGUGGUUCUAAUCCUACAUCAACUGAGAAUGAUAAUACAUCUUCAGCGAGUGAGUCAACAAGUAACCCAGAAGGUUCUGCAGAUAAUACAAAUACAAGAACCACCACCACCACCACAACAACAACAACACUUCCUCCUGAACUCACAAACAACAAGAAGGGUGAUGCAGACAGCAGCAGCAGCAGCAGUUCUGUGUGGGUACGUGUACCACUACUGAUUGUGACUGUGUUGUUCUCCUUUACUGUGUACUGA